AUGAAACUGUUCACUUCAAAGGAAUCAGCCAUUGCUAUGGCUUUGGCCUUUUCUGCUUGUAUCGACCAAGCUGCCUCUUUCGCUCUGCCAUUUGGAUUAGGUAAAAAACGUGUCGUCAGCGAACUAGAGAUCCCUCAUGGGAAACAUGCAAAAGCACAACAACCAGGUGCCUCAAAUGAAUCCCAAGGUUUUGUCAGAUACCAUUUCGAUAAAUUGGUUGGUGACUCCUUCGAAAACGCUUCAAAUAAAAAUAAAAGAUACGCAAACAUUGUCAAAAGAGAUAACGGUGUCGAAGAAGUAGAAAUUAUGAAUCAAUCGAAUUUCUAUUCCGUCUCUUUAUCCAUUGGUUCCAACGCUCAAAACGUUACUGUAUUGCUAGAUACCGGUUCCUCUGACUUAUGGGUCACUGGCUCAAAUAACCCUCUAUGUUCAAGAGGUGAUAGUAAUAGUGAUGCUGUGGAUUGUGCUAAAUUUGGUACUUUUAACCCUUCCACUUCAGACACUUGGAGUUCAAAUGAAACCUCUUUCUCGAUUUCAUACGCUGAUUCUUCCUACGCUUCUGGUACAUGGGGUCAAGAUACUUUGAAAUUACAAGAUUUAGACGUGACAGGUUUAUCCUUCGCGGUCGCAAAUUACACCAACUCUACUGUCGGUGUCUUGGGUAUUGGUUUGCCUUCUUUGGAAGUCACUUACUCAGGUUCAAACAAUGUCGCAGGUACCAGAUACCAAUAUGAAAAUUUCCCAUUGUUGUUGAAAAAUUCAGGUGCAACUAAAGCAAACGCAUAUUCUUUGUAUUUGAAUGAUCUAGACUCAAGAACUGGUUCUGUAUUAUUCGGUGGUGUCGAUCACAAUAAAUAUUCAGGUACAUUAUACACUAUUCCUCUGGUCAACACUUUAAGAGCUGCUGGUUUCUCCCAACCUGUUGAAUUCGACGUCACUUUACAAGGUAUGGGUAUUUCCGAUGACGAACAUGGUAACGUCACUUUAACUACAACUAAGAUCCCAGCUUUAUUGGAUUCAGGUACUACUUUGGUUUACUUGCCAUCAGCAUUGGUAAGUUUAAUUGCAGACGAAUACGAUGCUGUUUACAACUCAAGAACUGGUUACUAUGUUAUGAACUGUCCAGAUUCUGACGAGGAUAGUCAAAUCGUCUUCGAUUUCGGUGGUUUCCACAUUAGUACUAACUUGACUACCUACAUUAUCCAAGCUGUUGGUGGAAUUUGUGUAUUAGGUAUCUUGCCUCAAUCUUCAGGUACUGCCAUCUUGGGUGACUCUUUCCUACAACAUGCUUACGUUGUUUACGAUUUAGAUAACUUGGAAAUUUCCAUGGCUCAAGCUAGUUUUGAAACAGAUGACGAAAACGUUGAAGUUAUCAGCUCUAGUAUUCCAAGUGCUGUUAAAGCCCCAGGUUACUCAAGUACAUGGUCCACCUUUUCUUCCAUUUCUUCAGGUGGUAAUAUCUUUACUGUAGAUGUUAAUACAGCUUCCGCAUCAUCCUCAGGAUCUAGUGCCACUUCCUCUGCCUCUUCUGGUUCAGGUGCCGCUUCUGGUUCAACUUCAAGUGGUACCGCUAGAUCAAGCUCUUCCGCCAAUUCUGGCCAAACUACAUCCAGGGCUGCUUCCACCACCACUCGUUCUUCUUCUUCUUCGAGAAGUAGUUCAAGCACAUCUAGAUCAGGUUCUGGUACAUCUAAUGAUGCCAUGCACAUUGCAGCUGCUCCAUCAUUGUUUGUUUUCAUCGCUUCAUUAUUAACUAUGGUCUUUUAA